AUGAAAUUAAAAAAAAACGUGUCAGAAGAAUUAAUGAAAGAUUUAAAAGAACAAUAUAAAGCGCUCCUGUCGUCGGAAUCAACAAUUAAUUAUCAUAAUCAAAAUUGUAAUAAUAAUAAUAAUAAAAAUAAUGAUGAUGAUGUACACGAUUUACAACCGCAGGAAAGAGAAGAAAUGAAAAAUACAAUUAAUGACGUCAAUAAAGAUGACGUCAUUGUUAAUUUAAAAGAAAAAUAUGUUGAAUUUGCUAAAGAAAAUGUUAAAAUGAAAAAUAUUUUAUUGGAUUUAAAAAAUCAAAUAAGUACAUUAACGGAUGUUUUGUCGUCCUCGUCGUCGUCGAAUUACAAAACCGGAAGUCAAGGAAAAAAAUUAUCAAAGGAAGUGGAAGAAGAAGAAAUCAAUGGAAAUGAAAGUAAAAGGAAAAAAUUAAUAAAAUCCGACGUAUUAAAUUCUUGGACGAAUCUUUACGGUAUAAAAACAUUUAAUAAUAAUAAAAAUAUAAAACGAAACGAUUACGACAUGGAGGAGGAAGAGGAAGGGGAGAAUCACGUGACGAAAAGAAACGUGGCAGGAGAUGAAAAUAAAAUAAUAUAUAAGGUAAUUAACGGGGGAGAUCAAAGUGAAAAAUUAGAAUUGAUUAAAUUGAGAAGAGAAAUAUCGUUGUUGAAAGAUAAAAUGACGAACGAGAAAAGUUUAAGACAAGAAUUGGAAAAUCAAAUAAAUUACAUGAAUACGGAUAUAAACGAGAAGAAAAUUCUAGAAAACGAAAUAAAAACGUUAAAAAGAAAAAUAAAUAAUGAUAAAAUGCAAAAAUCCGAUUUUGAUUUGAUCAAAUAUCAAAAAGAACUUUAUGAAAAACAACCACAAAUAAAAACACAAUUGGACGUGGAAUUAGAAAAAAGUAUAAAAAAACAUAAAACCGGGCCUUUUUUCAACGCGUCAACCGAUUCAAACGUCACAAAUUAA